CUGGUUAAAGGUAAAUCAAAAGCAGAAUAAAGGAAGGUCAUGGAACAGAGCUAUGGAUGAAGUUACUGUCGAAAAACUGAUACAGAAGUUUAAAGAUAAUGGAGAACUAGACAAUGAAGAUCCAGCACUACUGAUGUUGAAGAAGUGGCCAGCCUCCAAAAAGUACCAUGAUAACCCUGAGAAACUUCCAGGCCUUGAAAAGCUGAUAAAUAGAUUGUUGGAAAUUCUGAUGGAUAGUGAACUGAACUCAAACAAGAGAUAUGAAAUGUUUAGAGAUGAGGAUGAUAAAACAGGGAAAACGUUGCUUCACUAUGCUGCAGAACUUGGAUUUUUGCAUGUCACUAAAACACUUGUGAAGAAAUGCGUUGGACUGCUUAGUGUGAAAACCAUAGCACCUCCUAAAAAGCGGGAGCUGUUACCAGUAGAAGUGGCAUUAGUGGCAGAAAAUGAUGAGGUGGCAGCAUAUUUGAUUAGAAUGAUGCAACAUGACAGAGUCCAGAAUUUUUUUUUAUGGAACCCAGAUAAUAUAACAAAUCCUCAGCCAUCAUACCUCAAUUUCAAAUCCAUCAUUGAAAAUCCUGGUAUGAAGAAAACCGUAGUGGCUGUUCUAGACCAGAUGGUGAAUCCACACUGGCCAUACCUUCCAAACCGCAAGGAAAGGUAUAGGAGUGAAGAGGAGAAAAAGGCAAUCGAAGGGGCUUGGAGCACAAUUACUGAAAAUCCUUUGAAUUAUCACUUCUUCUAUCAUAUUUUGGAUGCUGAUGAGAGAGGACGACCUCCUACACUUAUGUCAUCAGGAGGACAGCAGACAGAUAAUGAUCAUUUUAACUGGAGAAGCAAGUCUUGUUUACAAGUGAUUGCAAAGAGCUAUAACAAGGAGGCAUUGCAGCAUCCUGUGGUCAGAAUGUUAAUUAAAACAAAAUGGAAAAGUUAUGGACACUGGUUUCUUAGCCUUCGAGCUGCAUUCUAUGUUGUUUUCUUGCUAUUACUGUCAUACUCUCUGCUGUAUGGUUCUACUAAACUGGACCCCACUCAGUACAGGGGUGCAGCAGAUAUGCUACGUGGAUUUUGUGAGGUUGUCAUCCUCCUUCUGGUUGUGUUUUAUAUCUGUGAAGAGAGCAAUCAAAUGAGAAUUAGUGGCUUAGGAGAUGUUUUAUUGAGCGGUUUUCGAGCGUUGUCCGAACAACGACCAAUUGCGGAAGACUACUCAAGCUUCAACUGGCUCUCAAUUCUGUUAAUGCUGACGUACAUGGGAACUGUACUUGUGAUUCUGCUCAACAUACUCAUAGCACAGAUGAGCACGACCUACAAACAGGCCAAGAAAGUCGCCCGUCUGGAGUAUGAUGUGGAUCGUAUUUUACAGCUCACUCGCAUGGAGAGAUUUCCUUUUCUGAAUUUGCGCGUAAAGUACUACAAGGAAGGAGAGUGGAUCAGUGAAACGAAACUUGCGGAAGAGCUUCUAGAAUUUAGUGAGGAUCGCAAUGCUUGGGAAUCAGUUGAAGAAAAGCUAAAUGCGAUAAGGGAUAUGAUGAGGACAAUGGUUAGACAGAUGAGACUUGGAAGAGAAUGAACAGCUGCCAGUCAUAACGGUAGAAAUGGGA